UAGAAAUGUUGGUAUCCGAUCUAAAUUUUCAAAAACAAUUCUUCAUAUCCAUGAUUCCGCUCAAGCUAAACGGUUCGCACCCAAACAUACCUCGAAAUAGAUUUUGGGUAGGAAAAACUUUUGUACUAAUGAUCAAUUUAGCGAUCAUAAUGUGGUUACUUUUUAAUGCGGUGUUUAAUCACGACAUACCUGAUAGAAAUUAUUCUGAUAUGUGUGGAAAUUCCAUCAUGUUACUUAUUGGCACGAACACCAUUAUCAAAUUCUGGUUCCUUCAUUACAAUCGGAAGUACAUGGCUGAACUGUUUCAAUUUGUUGAAAAUGAUUACGAGCUAAGUAAAUAUUUAUCUGAGGAAGAAAAGGAAAUUGUUAUUAAACACGUUAAGAUUAGCAUUACAGUUACAAAACACUCGCUUUUCAGUUUCUUUAAUGGUUUUAUUUUUUUUAUACGUGCAGUGAGUUUAAUGAGUUAUUACACAUGGAAAGGACAAUUCCGUUUAGUUCAUAUGUAUGAUAUAGCAUUACCAGGACAAUAUAACGAGCGGAGGAAUGAUCCCAUGGUUUAUUUCUUUUGUUUGUAUUGUGCUACAUUUUUUGGAGUUUAUGCGUCCACAAUGAAUACUGCUUUUGAACCAUUGGUUCCAAUAACUCUUUUACACAUAAAAGGUCAAGUUCAAAUAUGUAGCAACAGAAUGAAGGAAUUAUUUACUAAAAAUAAAAAUCCGGAAGAAGUUUAUCGAGAAAUAAAAUGGGUUAAUUUAAAGCUGCAAAAAUUGUACAAUGUUUUGGAGGGAUUGAACACAAAAUUCGGACCCCUAUAUGAAUUUACUUUGAAAGUAAAUACGGGACUGUUCCCAUUAAUUUCUUUUCGUGUAGUGCAGGGUAUCGUCGACAGAAAUGUGAGAAUAGAAUUCGUAUCAUUUUUCAUAAAUUUGAUUUUCCAUUCUUUUGUACCCUGUGAGUACAGUGAGCGCCUAUUGGGUGAAAGUGAACAAUUACGAGAAGCUAUAUAUUCCUGCAAUUGGGAAAAUCAUACAGAUAAGAAAGUAAGAACAUCGAUUAUAAUAAUGCUUGCGCGGACACAGAAGGCUAUGCAUUUUAUGAGUAUAUUUCAUCCUAUCUGCAGGGACACCUUCUCUUUGGUAUGCCGUCAAAGUUACACCAUUUUCAAUGUUAUUUACGCAGCGUGGAUGUAAAAAAGAUAAUCUUUAAUUCUAUUUGGGAGAGAUGAUAUUGCACAUAUUUUUUUGAAAAUGUUGACUGUUAGAAGAUAAAAUUUCUUAUAAA